UUCAUUCCCACCAAAAAGAACCUUGUAUUGUAUUUCACGGAAACUUAACUAAUACCCUAAUCUCUAAACCGAAUCCGCUUUCUCUUUUCUGUCCAAACCCUAAUUCGUUGAUCCUGCAGAGAAGUAAUUAAGGUUACAAUCCUCUUGGUAGAUUUUGAUUGUUUCUUGGCAAUUAAAGUUGGAAUUUGGGCAAGAACUUUGAUCCCAAGAUUUAUAAGGGUGGAGAAUUAAUCUAUGAUGGUUAGUACAAAGAAGAUGUUAAAACUGGUGAUCGUUAUUAGUAUGGUUAUGAACCUGAUGGUAAUAGAUGCAUCAGACGCAAAUGAUGUAUACGAUCCUUGCUCAGACACCAAAGUUGCAAAAUUGGAUGGAUUUACUUUCGGAAUUGCAAUUUCUUCCAAAGAGUCUUUCUUUUUCAACCAAACACAACUGUCACCUUGUGAUUCCCGUCUUAGCCUUGCAAGCACUGCUCAACUUGCAGUGUUUAGGCCUAAGGUCGAUGAAAUUUCUCUACUUACCAUUAACGGUAGCUCUUACUCCCCUGCUACAAAUGGAGAUCAUAUGGUGGCAUUCGCUGGACGAAAAUAUGCAGCAAGAUCACCCCCGGGUUUGAUUACUGAUAAAUCCCACGUUAUAACAAGUUUCACUCUGAUACUUGAAUUCCAGCAGGGUACACUGCAAAAUUUGUUUUGGAAGAGAAGCGGGUGUGGAUCAUGUUCAGGGAAGAAGUCUUUUGUUUGCCUAAACCAACAAGACUGUGCAAUUGAUGUAUCCAAGUGUAGUGGUUCUGUCGAUUGCAGCCUUGGAAUUCAGCUGGCUUUCUCAGGCACAGACAAGAACAAUGAGGUUCUCAACUCAUGGUAUGAGGUUAAAAAUCUUCGCCAAUAUUCACUCUUUGGACUUUAUUCUAACCUCAAGGAUUCGAUUUUAAACCAAUUUGACAGUCUUUUCUAAGCAACAAAAAGUGAUCCAUUUCAGGGACUCGUAGUAGUUAUCUCCGUCUACUUUCUCUUUUUUGCUCAUUGUAAUUACAUGACUUAUUGUAGUCUAUAUUUAUAGAUUUGCUUGCGGUAUGCUAUAAGUUACUUGACGAUUCCUUGUAUUAACAAAGGUCAGUUACCAUAUCAAGUAUCUUGAAGUAGAAAUUUACAUCUA